CUAUCUUUUUAAGAAUCUAUUUUUUUCAUUUUUCAGAUACAUCUGGUCAUUGCAAUGUUGAAGUAAUGUGCCAGAAAAAUUCUAAAACCAUUUCAACAAUGAAAGUAAAGUCUGUUGCAUCAUCUGAGAUAGGGAAACCUAAGGAGAGACCUGUCCCAUGCCUGCAAUUAAGGGCAGUGAAAAGAAAAUUAGAUCAUAGUUCAGAUGAUUGUGGUAGCCUCAAAGAUAAAUCUAGUCUUGCUGCAUCUUUAUCCAAGAAGUCCAAAAAAAAGUAUAUUGAUGAUACGGACAGCGACAUUGAAGAUGAAUCUAUCCCUUCUCCACUUACUCAGCCUUCUGUAAUGCCUUCCUCAAAGAUAACUGCUGUUAACAAGAAGCAGGAUUUGGAGGAAAUAGAAAGCACUAAGAAGAAAUUGGAAUGCAAGUUCUGUAACACCUUUUUCUCGUCCCGUACUAACUUAAGUAGACACAAAAAGAUUUGCGUCCAAAACCCAAACAAAGUCCAGGCUAAUGUCUGUCAAUCAUGUGGAAGGUCUUUUCCUCGAUUGUACAUUUUUAAGACGCACUUACAGAACUGCCAGAAAUCAGAACUCAAGUCAUCUUUAUUCAAAUGUUGUUUUAAGAAGUGCUUAAGAAAGUUUCGCUUCAAAGUUGAUCUUUACGAUCAUUACGUUGAUGCUCAUCAGAAAGAUGGCCUGAAGCCUCCUGAAACUUUGUUUUUUGACUCUCUCAAGGAGUUUAAUGACUGGAGAGUAACCAUUGAGGACGACAGUUACUCUUACUUUUCUCAGCAGUAUGGGAAAAGGGAAAAGGCCUUGUACUUAUACUGUCAACAUGAUGGGCGAGUCAAAUCACACAGGAAGACAGGAGAACUGAAGAGAUUAACAAACAGGAAGAAUCGAAAGGGCAUCAUCAAGAAGGGUGCAUUGUGUUUGGCUGGAAUGAGAGUUUACUUCUUGAGUGAUGGUAAAAUUAGAGUUGUUUACAGGCCAUCUCACUCUCAUGCUUGCCAUGCAAAGGAUCUGAAACAUCAACCACUGUCUGGCCCUACAAAUGAUUUCAUUGCCAAGCAACUUGCAUGGGGUGUACCGCCAAGGAAAAUAGUACUUAGUUUGAGAGAUGAUUCUUACAAGAGGGAAAACAGGUACAAAAACACAUGGCACUUAAAGAGAGACAAUCUGGUCAAGGUCAGGACUAUCACUGAAAGAAAAAGGAAGUGCCAGUCAAAACUGCGUUAUUCAGAUGAUGAUGCCACAUCUCUGUCACACAAAGUUGAUAAGCUGGUAAAGGAACGCUACAACCCGGUUUUGAUGUUCAAACCUUGGAUGGAGAAAACAAGAUAUGGUCCUGAGGGUACUGAAAAUUUGCCUGAUGAUCUGUUCGUACUUGCCAUUCAAUCAGAAGAGCAGCUCAACAUGAUGAAGGAGGGCUGCAAGACCAUGCUCAUGAUGGAUGACACUCACGGGUUGACUCAGUAUGGUUUCAAAUUAUUAAACCUUGUGGUUAAAGACCAGUUCAAUUUAGGAUACCCUGUCAUGCAUGUUAUUAGUAGUCGAAUUGAUGAACCUACUUUGCAGUUUGUUUUCAAAGCUCUUAGAGACAGAUGGCCUGACAUUUCCAUCAAUUGCUGCAUAACUGAUGAUGAUCCUGCUCUAAUCAAUUCUCUGAAUUCAGGCUUGGGAUUAUCUAUUUGGCAUAUUCUGUGCAUUUGGCAUAUUCACAGGACUCUUCAAGCAAAUAUUAGGAUUCACAUUAAGGAUACAGACCUUGUACAAGAAAUUUAUGUGGUUAUGUGCUCAAUGAUUGAUGCAAGAACUGAAGAGGAAUUUAAGAAGCUUGAGUCCGCUUUCAAGUUGACAUAUUUCAAUGUGUCUCCUGGUCUUUCAAACUAUAUGACAGUGACGUUUCUUCCCAAAGCUAAGAAGUGGGCAAAAUGCUUCCGCCAAGAUUAUCAUGGAAAUGUGGAUACCACCAUGCAUGUCGAAAGUUUUCAUAAUAUUUUGAAAACAGGCUAUUUAAACCGUAAGCCUAACAAGCGGGUCGAUGACCUCCUUGACCUUCUCCUUGAUGUGGAAGAAGAUUACUAUGUCAGGUACAAGAAUGCUAUGAUGACAGAGUCGUUAUCUGAUCAAGAUUUUGAUGCUAUUCUCAAGAGGCAUGACCGUGGCUUAAAAAUUUCCGAUUUGGAUGUUACUAAUAUUUCAAGAGAUCUAUGGCAAGUCAAAUCCCAGGGAACAGAUGAAGACACCCACUACACUGUUGUUAAAUGCCUAGAUGUCUGUUCAGAAGUCCUGUGUGUCUUCACAUGUUCUUCAUGUGAUUCACUCUGUUCACACAUGUUCACUUGUACAUGUGGUGAUAUGUUUCCCUUAUGCAAACACAUUCACAAAGUUUUUACUAGUCAGGACCAUCACUUCAAAGGUGUUUCUGCGACCACAGACACUGAAAACCAUGAACCAGAAUUCUAUGCCCCUGAAGCUGAACCCUCUGUUGAAUCUACCUUCCCUUGCAAUGGCACCUCUGCGGGCACACCUGUGAAAAAUUCUUCCAAGUCAUUAACCAAUAUUCGUGGCAUGCUUGGCAAUUUAGAUAGUGAGCUUGAUAAAAGUCCUGUGAAAAGAUUCAUGCUACCUCGCAUUCGGAGUGCUCUUCAUACACUUGUAACUGAAUGCCAGGCUGUCACCCAGAGUCCUAGAGAUAGUGCGCCUUCUCCUAUGGAUGUAAAGGUGAAGAUUUCAUCCCAGGCCAAGUUGGAAAGGCAGCUGAAACCACCUCUCAAGAAAGUUAAAAAACUCAAGAAAAAAACUGCCAUUGAAAGACCCAACCGUCAAAGUAUUUUGGAAGUUAAAAAUUUUUUGAUUACUGAAUAUACAACUCUUGAAAAUGAAACAGAAAUUGAUGACCCAGGCGUUCUGUCAUCUGAAGAAGUAGAAAUCCAUAAGGUUCCAGAGUCGUCUCUCCAAGUGAAUAAAGUAACAUUUCUUGCUGGCUUUGGUCUCAACUCUAACUACCAUGGUUUUGCUCAUGAUGUAGUCUUACAUACUGGAAAGUAUGCUCUGAGUGUGGGUGACUUGAAAACUUUGGAUGUUGAAGUUACAGAAGAUGAGGCUUCUGCCUUGAGAAGCUAUUCCAGGUCUUUUGUGUCUGGUUGGCUGUCUGACACAAUUGUAAGUGCUUAUCUUCAUUCUCUAGAAAAUUCAGUUUUGUAUGCAUGUGAUACUACUGUUGCUGUUGGGCUCUUACAAGGCAGACCAUUUCCCUCUCUCUGCACCAAACUGAAUUCUAGAAAUGUAAUUUUAUUUCCUGGGAAUCCGACUGAUAGUCACUGGGUAAUAAUUGCAAUUGUUGUUAGUGAGCAAGAAUUAUGGUAUUACAAUCCUUCCUCUAAAGCAGGAGAUACUCUAGUGAAUUGGGAAAUUAAAUUUAUUGAAUGUAUCUGUAAAUUUAUAAGAACAGUUUUCCCAGUGGUGAAAUCUUGGACUGUCAAACGUCACUUUGACACUCAAUAUGAUUCCAUUAGUUGUGGAGUUAGAGUUUGUUGGUUUGGUUCACAGGUAUCAAACGGCUUAUUAACUCCCCUACCUGACCCAAUAGCCUUUCGGGCCUCAAUCCGGGAUACAUUAUGGUUGAGGAAGGCCUAAUGUUUGUUGGAUAUCUUUCAUUUAAGUAUUGGAGUAUGUUAUUGUAGGGAACAAACAAAUGUACACAAUAUCAUAUUUAUGCGGUUUUCCGCAAAGUUUUGUUGUCAUGAAAACAUGUUUCAGUAGGAGUCUGCGGCUUUGAAAUCAUUUGUAGAGCUAAUUUAUGAAUUUCAUUGAAAUUUGGCACAAUUUGCUACAUUUGUCCUAUCAUUUUAUUU